UGGAUAUUGAGAAAACGAAUUUGUAAUGUUCACAAUAUAAUAUUGUACAAAAAUGUACCGAUUUUGCGCUGAACAGAUAGAAAUAGAUGUGUACGUAAUUAUUUAGCUACUCCCUCAAACUUUGCAACUGUAACGAUAAAAUUCUCAAUUAAAGCCCCAUUUCUUCGAGGCUAUAGUUGGACUAGCAUUAUUAUUCAAAUACGCACGGUUACGUUCGGUUUUGACUCAAAAUAUGCCCUAAAAACAUCAAAAACUGAAACUAUGGAGAAGGUUCCUCGACUAUUUCAGAAUAUGAGAAAUCUUCAUCGUGCAAAAAAUAUAUCUGAAUGUAAAAGGUAAACCAGCAAAAUGUUUUCAAUUUCUAUACUAGAGCAGAUAAUUCCAAACCAAUUUCAUUCUAAAGACAAUCAAUCCAGGCUUCAAAAAUAUGUAAGCGAUAAUUUUAGGACUCGCAAUCUGAUGAACUUUUGGUGUCACACUUAACAGCACAAUUUUUUUAAGGACAAACGCGGCAAAAACAGAUGCUCUCAAAGAUUUCAAGGCUAUACAAUUGUGAGCUAUGAUACCUUGUUAUGAGGUUGAAAAAGCGUUGUUUCUAUAAGAUUUGUCAAUAAGAACAUAUAUAAUGUGAUCAAAUCUGUCGAGGUAGUUCUACCAUUACUCGGGUAGCUUAUGACACGUAUUUUUCGAACAGGACAGGCAACUCAAUCUAUAUAUGCCUAAAAGACGGAAGGAUGGUCUAAAAAUUAGAAACGACUUGCUGUACUCAUAAUUUACAUUCCAGAUACUUGGAAAUAAAGUUACGACACUUCUAGAUUAUAAAAAGCAACAUAUUUACCUUUGCUUUCCAUGAAAUCUAAGUACAAUCCCUCAUUAUCACUCCGAGCAAAUACCUUAUCUCAAAAAUUCUAAUAACAUCCUGUAGAAACGUCAGUUUUUUGACAGAAUUAAUUCUAUUUUCAAAAUCGGGUACGUUUCAUAAAUACAGAAAACAAAACUGACGUGGGUUGCCAAUAAACAAACGUAACGUUUUCAUUUUUUUGUACAAAAUUAUCACGUAAAAUGCUAGAAAAGUACCACUAAUAUGGCUUUACACUCAAUUUUGAAAAACGUAAACCACAUAAAACCUAGGCUGCCAACACCCAACAUUUAUGGACUAAGAAAAUUAUGUUCAGAAGACUGCGGUGAAGAAAAGGUAAGCUGCACUUGCCAAAGUGAAUUUUCGGUGAAGUUUUCAUACGGUUUAUUGUAGAAAGGACUAGUUUUGGGCGUAUAUGAAGGUGAAAAUGACGAACCAGUUUUCACAAAGGCAGCAUCAAAAUUUAAUGACCACACUAGCGGAAAAUUAUAUGAUUUAGUGAAAAGGGCUGGCCCAGAGAUCAAAAGAGGCGGAGCACGAAUUUUCAAUAACAUGGACAAAGAAUUUUGGUCAAUAGCGGUAGUAGGAUUAGGCAAAGAGAAGUUGGGCUACAACGAACUGGAGGCCAUCGACGAGGGCAUGGAGGCUGUCCGAGAAGCGGCGGGCAUGGGGGCUCAAGUACUAAAAAGGGAGGGGGUUACCAGGAUUUUGGUCGAGGGUCUGGGACACCCCGAACAGGCGGCGGAAGGAAGUGCUUUGGCGCUGUGGCGAUACCAAGAAAACAGAUCACGACAACAUUGGAGAAUCAUCCCAACCCUAGAACUAUUUGACGAUUGUGAUGCCGAAGGCUUCCAGCGAGGCCUCUUCAAGGCUGAAUCACAAAACCUGGCGAGGCGCCUGUCAGAUACACCAGCCAAUCAAAUGACACCUCUGCAUUUCGCACAAGAGACUGUCAACGAAUUGUGUCCGUGUGGAAUUAAGGUUAUGGUACAUGACAAAGACUGGAUCGAGCAAAAGAAAUUCCAAGCUUUCUUAAUGGUGGCACGAGGUUCCUGUGAACCCCCAGUUAUCGUAGAAAUUUCAUACUGUGGAGCACCUCAAGACCAGAAGCCCGUGCUAAUGGUAGGCAAGGGCAUCACGUUCGACGCGGGCGGGCUAUGUUUGAAACGAUGCGAGGGCAUGGACCGAUUUAGGGCGGACAUGAGCGGGGCGGCGGCCAUCAUCGCCGCUAUCCGAGCGGCGUCUGCCCUAAGUUUGCCCAUUAACAUCGAGGCCGUCAUCCCGCUAUGCGAAAACAUGCCAAGCGGUAUGGCCAUGAAGUGCGGAGAUGUAGUAAUGGGACUUAAUGGUAAGUCAAUCAUGAUAACUGACACGGACAAUGAAGGCCGUUUGAUGCUCGCCGAUGCGUUAGUAUACGGUCAGGCGCAAUACAAACCUAGGUUAGUUAUCGACGUGGCAACCUUAACGCCAGGUGUAAGAGCAGCUUUAGGGUCGGCGGCUAGCGGAGUGUUUACCAACUCGCAGACUAUGUGGUCUCAGACUCGCAAAGCGGGAGUAAUAACGGGCGACCGAGUAUGGCGACUCCCCCUAUGGAAGUUCUUUACGAAGAAGGUGACUUACUUCAGGUCGCACGACGUGAAUAAUAAAGGCUGGGGUCACGGAUCUUCUUGUAUUGCGGCCGCUUUCUUAAACGAAUUCAUCGAUUGUGUCGAUUGGAUCCAUUUUGACACUACAGGUGUUGGGAUGAAGAGUGAGCACAAAGUGUAUCCAUACUUAACGAAAGGCCGAAUGACAGGUCGGCCGACACGAACCUUGAUCCAGUUAUUGUACCAAUUGAGCUGUCCCGCGGAAGGUGCCCGCAAAUUAGAAUGAUUGAAGUCUCCGUUAAAAAAAGUCGACGUCUGUAUAGUGUAAAUGCCUCUUUCCCCUGUCAUAUGUAAAACUCUUGUCAUCGAUAUUCUAAAUAUAUCACAUAAAUAUUGUAUAUACACAAACAACACCUUAUCUGGAUAUUGUGGCAUAUUGUUGAAUAGGUCAACUCUUAAAUUUAAGUAGGGUGGGAUUUUUUUUCUCUCAAGGAUGAUAAUUGUAUUUUAUUAUACUCUUAUCUUUUACAGUCAAAGGGCGACCUUUGCAUCGUAGGGAAUCUAGCGGCCCGACUUUGAGCCAGAUAACGAUUUGUAUGCUCAGGAAGCCAUAUAAAAUUAAUCCAACAACUCCACUUUGCAAAACAAAUCUCAAAUUAGCCUACAAUCAAUUGAUACUGGAUAGUGAGCAACAAUGAACAUUCGAGUUUUUGUGCACUCAAUAACAAUGCAUAGAAAAUAAAAAAAACGUCUUGCAAUAAUCACAUUUAAACCAAAUCCAACUUCAUAUCGAGACAAAAAACAUCUAGUUUUGUAACCACUGACUUUCAACCUUAAAAACUAUCAGGCAUACUGAGAUCACAGGGAAACCUUUAGUUUUGACAAUAUUCCACAUUAUAAUAAUAUUGCCAUCAGUGCUGGGAAGCUAUAUAAAGUGCACAUCUGUCUUUGAAACAUUUCACGUAUAAUGAAACGUAUAUAUUAAAUUUUUAUGGUUGAUACACUAUAUGCUCUUUACAAUGACAUCAUUUUUAAACACAUAAAUAUAAAUAUAUCGUACCUUUGGUCUUGGGAACAUUUCAAGCAUAUAAACACAGAUGGCUCUGAAGAACGUGCCCGUAAAAAUUACAUCAACUAUGUACACAAGACAGGUGAAGGUCAGGUAUUUAACGUGGUAACAAUGCUCCAUGUGACAUUAUACAACUUUGCAUGUGAGAUAUUGUUGAGGCAAAUGUUUAUGUUCAUUGUGAUUCCGUCUUAAGUCUAAAUUCGUUGUAGAGAUAUGGAAGGCUAAGGUACAUUCGUUUGUUCGGCUUUGGGUCAUCCACCACUAUCGGUGCUGAAAAAAUAGUUACCUUUACCACGUGAUACCUGUUUGGAGUGACUUUUUGUCAAAACUACUGUUGAAGAAUAAGUGAAUAAAAAUGGCGCCGAUGGUGGUAGGUCGUCAGAUUCCGAUGCCUCACGAGUAGAGUAUAACUGAUAUGGCAGCUGGUCACUGCCAGUCCAAACGUUUUCUAUAAUUGUAUUUUUAAUCAAAUCAAUCUAUAUAUUGUUCCCAAAUAAUACAAGUCUAUAUGCAUCCUACAUACCUCUAAUCAAAAAUGCGGUUACGCUUGAAUUCUACAUAAUACAAAAAACAAAAUAUUCAUGCCACGAGUUUACAGUUUAUAUAUGAGCCUGAUUAUGUAUUGGUCAGCUCUUUUAUAUUGAUAAGUAUUUGUGUAAACUUAUUGUAACAACAAUUUAAUAUAUUGUAUACUUUGUGAA